AUGUCCAACCUGGAAGGAACACAGCAGCAGGAGCUACCCAGCUAUCUUACGGAAUCGCUGAUAAAGCGUUCGCUCGAGCACGAUCUGCAGCGCUCGGUAACGAUCGAUCGUUUCACUGCCGGUCCUGCAACGUUGGCCGGCGAUAACUAUCUGAGUGAUGUGUUCUGGAUCCGGGUGGAGUACGAUGGUGGAUUGGCCGAGAAGCGCCUGCUAGCGAAGUGUAUGCCGGAUAUUGGUGAUCGUGGCGCUACGCUGGACGUGCUGGACGCUUUCCGCAAGGAGUCGGAAACGUUCCAGCAUUUGCUGCCCGAGUUCAGUCGACUUGUUUCCACGGACCGGAAGGAACAGUUUGGGGCGAAAUGUUACUACGCCACGACCGAACCCAUUCGAACGCUCGUGUUUGAGGAUCUGAAAGCGCUUGGCUUUCGUAUGUUUGAUCGAACACAAGGCGGGUUAAAUUUCGAGCAUAUGACGCUGGUAAUGCGCAAGAUUGCUAAGUUCCAUGCCGCAUCCAUGCUGUACGCUGGCCAGAGCCCGGAUCAUGAACGUCGUUUGGCCGCGCGGUAUGCGUACGGGAUCCACAACCCCGUAGAAAAGCCCGACGAAUGUCGUGUUCUGGAAGCGUUGCAGAAGGGGCUAGAUAAGUUCAUUUCUGUUGCGCGCGGUUGGCCAGAACUUGAAGCGGUUGUAUUGCGAAAGCUGGAAAAAAUAAGACCCACGUUUAAGGAACGUAUCGCCGAAUGUGUCAAGCCACAGCAACCGGGUGCCCGCUACAAGGCACUGAAUCAUGGCGAUCUGUGGAGCAAUAACAUGAUGUUCCGGUACGAGAACGAAACAACCGUGCGGGAGGUUAUGUUCGUCGAUUAUCAACUUUCUACCUACGGUAGCCCGGGAUUGGAUCUUGUCUACACGCUCUACAACUGUCCUCACCGGGACAUUCGUCUCGAUCGACGUGAGGAUCUGCUGAAAGUGUACCAUCAAGUUUUGCGCGAAACCUUGAAACAGAACCAUUACGAGGAUGUGCCUUCGUUAGAGGAUGUUAAAGAGGAGUUCACUAGGAAUGAAUUUUUCGGACUCGUCUGUGCAAUUACUUUCCUUCCGAUCAUGACGAUGGAACGGUCCAACGAUUUGGACCUCAGCUUCGAUGCAUUCUUCAAAGAGGAGCAUGGCGAUCGCGUACGAGAUGCGCAGUACAAUGGAAUCGUGUUUCGUCAGUCGGUAGUACCGAUACUGCAUAACCUUCACGAUCGUGGCUAUAUUCAGUGA